AAAGUCAUAAAAGUAUUUGACAACAAAAACCAAAACACUGCACGUAGCUAUAAGUGCGUCCUUUCCUGCAUGCACGUUGUUAACUAUAUACAUACUGGCUAAAGACUUAGCAAUAGCAAGCACUCACUCAAUUGUAACCAGAGCCUUCUCUAUUUCUUAAAUGCUUUAUGCAUUUCAAAAAAACUGGAUCUAUUGAUCAACGCCACCAACGAGGGGGACGUCUGGCCGUGCGGGGGAGGGCACGUGCAUGCGUCAGUGUCAAUCUUGAUCUUGCGUAUACUGUACUAUAUGCCCGAGUAAUCGUGGGGGAGGGGCUCGUCGGGUGCAGAAUUUUGGCUGGAACAUGCAGAAGAACUUUACUGAGAGGAUGCUGGAGCGGAGAAGGUUUCGGCAGAGGCAGUACAAUCCUGCACCCCCUCCCACUCCCUCCGGACCACGAAAUGGGACCUCCACACUCCCCACAACCUUUCAACUGUCUCCCCCUCCUCACCUCUCCACCACAACCUCGUCCUCACUCCACUCACCUGCCCCACCUCGCUCCACCCUGACUCCCUCCCACCUGUCCCUCCACUCGUCCCAGGCACAGGAACAGCUCCAGAUAACUUCAGUCAAAGUCUCCUGUCAGGAGACCAGCUGUGACAACCACACCCAAAGAUUCUUUGAGUAUGGAAGCUGUACAGAGUAUGAGGCACUUCUUCGAAGAGGAGACACUCUCAUAGUCCAAGUGCUCACCUCUCUCCCCCUGUCCUCACCCUACACCCUCACCCUCACCUUCAUCUCUGCCUAUCGCUCCAACGACCGCUUCGGCCAGUUCAGAGCAAAGGGCUCCGCUUCAAAUUCCUCAGAGCUCUGGUUCAGUAUCACUCUGCCUCCCAACUUCCCUGUGGGAAAGUUUCAUUACCAUGUCCACCUGUCCACCAACAGAGGAAGGGACAUUGCAACCCACCACCACAACAAGGCAGUGGCUGUGCUCUUUAACCCAUGGCUCUCUGAUGACGAUGCAUAUGUUGAAAAUGAAGAUGACCUUGCAAACCACUUGAUCAAUGAAGUGGGCACCAUUUGGAAGGGCAUGGCGAGGCAACCACGCCCACUUUUGUGGGAAUAUGGACAAUAUUCCCAAGGUUGCCUGGGUGCAGCACUUCAUCUACUCCAGGGACUUAGUGCAGACGACAGACGUACAGCAGCCACUGUUACCAAGUCCAUAGUGGCGCAGGUCAACAGUAGAGAUGGGAGAGGGGUAAUGAGAGAGUGUUACACAGGGACGUACACAGGAGGUGUGGCUCCGUGUCGCUGGAACGGCUCGCCUGCCAUCCUGCAACGAUUUCACCGCAGCCAGCAACCUGUCAGGUAUGGCCAGUGUUGGGUGCUGGCUGGGGUAACAGUGACCCUCCUGAGGGCCCUCGGGAUAGCGAGUCGACCGGUCACCUGCUACGAGUCUGGUCACCACUGCAGCAAGCCAGGCCAGCUGGACCUGGCCUUCUCUCCUCAGGGAGAACUGCUUCACACAGCCACCCAGGACCAGCUCUGGUCUGAUCUGCCAAAUCAGCUAUUACAACAACCACCCACCAAGUCUCAAUCUUUCAUCUCUGUGCCUUUAAAGGGGCCAAAAAUAACGAAACUUAAACCAUAGGGCCCAGUGCAACAAUGUAAUUAGGUUUCCGCUCUUCGUUAAAAAAAGUCAUUAUGCUGCCACUUCAUUGAUAUUCGUUACAGUACACAUAAAUUAUUGAUAGCCCGAUGAGUGGAGAUAUUUCUGUGUGUGCAGGGUGUACCACGUGUGGGUUGAGGCCUGGAUGAGAAGAGAUGACCUCCCAUCUGGAAAUGAUGGCUGGCAGGUACUGGACCCCACGUCCCGCAGGCAGCAGGGAGGGGUCUAUUGUGUAGGGCCAGUCCCAGUAGCCAGGGUAAAGAAGAUUACCUGUGAGGAGGUGGUGGGGGGAGAGGGUGGAAAGGAGGGAGAGGAGGAGGAGGGAGAGGGAGAGGAGGAGGAGGGAGAGCUGUUGAGAAGACAAAUGGGACGGACUAUGUUGUGUCCGAGGUGAACUCUGACCUCAGGUUCCUGCGAGUCUCCAAGAGCUACGCCAGCAUCACCAACCAGAUCAUGGCAGUGGCCCUCGUCCGCCAUGGUGAGGUCGGAGUUCGUCUCAUUGCCGGGGUUGGCAUUGGUUUGGACGCAGUUGAUGUCACCAGUGACUACAAAAUUGGGGACGGGGACAGUUCAAGAAGCCCCGCCCACUUUCCCGUCGAGGGAUUGCUCAGUGGAGGUGGUGAUGGGUGAUGGGGGGAAGUUGGGGGAGGCAGUGGAACUAACAGUGACUGUGAGCAACCACGGCCACCUCCUGAGGACACUGGAUGGCAGAGUGGAGGGCCACAUUGUCAGGUACUGUGGAGUGGCUGUGAGGGGGUUCAUGAGCAUGCAGUUCUCAGGAGUAGUGGCCCCUGGACAGUCGGCCUCGGUGAGUGUUCCAAUGGAGGCUAAGCAGUAUGCGAGACAUCUGGUGGAGCAGUGCAUGAUGCAGUUCUUUGUUGCUGUGAAAGCCAGGGAGACUGGACAGCUGUUCCUAAAGGUACACCAUUACCAGCCUCAGCUACCAAGUGUUGAGGUGAGUUGUGAGGAGUGCCCGGUGACAGUGGGGAAGGUGACAAGAGUGAAGCUGAGCUUCCGGAACAUUCUCGCUCGCUCCCUGUCACGCCUCCUGUUCCUGGUACAAGCCCAGGGGCUGUGUCCUCAGAGAGAGCUGGCCUACAGACGAAUGGUUCUACCAGGUGGUGUGGCUAAAGUGGAGUUUCCAGUAAGAGCAGAGUCUCCAGGAACCUACUACAUACUAGCCAGUCUUCACUGUGACCAGCUCACUGACAUACACGGCUGGACAAGGAUCACUGUGGUACCAUCAACACCCCGUAAAUAGCCAAAUGUGUUGUAGAUGUCAUACAAUUCUAUGUUGAAUAGCAGUGAUUUUUCAUAAACAUGACAAGUAAUUCCGUACAUACUGUUCCGUGUCGUGAUAGCCUUUCUCAGAGCAUUCUCUAACCACGUGUGACAACAUUGUCACCACCACUAGUCUCUGCUGUUCUGUGAAGUGUAUGAAACUCCGCCCAGCCCCUCGACGAAACGAUCCAUAUCCACCCCCCAACUUUUCCUCAACCAGACUCUUAGAAUGUGGGACUCUGAGGAAAUCCAGCAUCCGGAGGACCUCUCUGGUUGCAUUGGACUUGAUAUCCUCGUAGUACACUCUGAGGAGGGGGCGUG